AGUUCUUUACCACGAUCUCCUCGGCUCCCCUGGGAUGGAAGCUCCUGCCGAAGCCCUGGAUCCUCCCUGGGCUUGCGGGGGGUUUCUGUCCCGCGUUGCUGCCGCCCCUUGGUCCGUAUGUGCUGAGCCCCAUCAGUGUGCAGGGAGGCUCUGCGUUUCUGACACCUGCCUGCCGCCAAAACUGCUCAGAGACGUUUCCUCAAUGGAAAAACACUGGUUAAUAUCACAGAAGCACAGUACAUGGAUAAACCCCAACUAUUAUCACAGGUCCUGGAAGCCUGAGUGCCCUGGCUUCAGCAGGACCAGGCUGGAUAUUGGAGUCCUCCUUUGGGUCUCUUAUAGAAGGGCCAAAGUCGUACUGGGAUGUGGGCUCUUCCCACAAGAAGAAAUUGGAAUAAAGGUCUGGAAUCAGGACUUAAAACAGGAUGCCAUAGAGCUCCUUGGGGAAGGGAUGGAAACUUCAGGAGCUUGGAAUUUGUAGUGAAGCAAUUAAACAUAAAAGAGUGAAAAUGUUGAGUGGCUAGCGUGAGUGUUUUUCCGUCCUGCCUGAGGUAAAGACUGAGUAUUUGUAAAAACCAGCUCAAGAAAAUCAAGGGCUGAGUUAACUUCUAAUAAGCUGCAUUAGUCAUGACAAACUUGACAUGUGUAGAAGGUGGUAGGUGCUCUCCUUAGUGAAGCUGAUCUGCUGAAUUGCCCGAAGAUCUGGUAACUGGUUGUUCUGAGAACGCUCCUCCUCCUCCUCACUCCCCUGGUUAGGGUGGCACAGAGCUGGAGCUCAGGGCUUGCUCUGCAGACCAUCAGCUCACUGGAGUUUGGUGGAGAACAGUCAGCACUGGUGCUGCUCAGUGUUUGUCAGUUCAGGUGAGUCACCAAUAAUUUACAGUGAGAACUUGCCUUUCAAAUAUUCUGGCUGGCUGGGAAAGAGAGGUUGUCCCUGUACAGCAUAACUGUGCUGCUGGAUGGAGUUUCUUCUCAUCUUGUGAGAUCUAAGUGGGAGAGGCAGGGAGCUCACAAAGGGGGUGAGUAGCUGAAAUGCCAAGUGUAUUUCAGAGUCCUACCUUGCUCUUUUUCAUUUUUAAGUUGCUGCUGCUAGAGAUCCUUCCAUCUCUAUUGAUGUAGGAAUCAAAGGACACUCUUGAGGUUAAACAGCCUGUGGAUACCAAACUGCCCAUGAAAGACUAUUGCCACGAGUAAAUCCCUUAAUUCUUUUCUUUGAAAAACUAGGUGAAGAACAUUCAGAGCCAAUCAGGUGGUCUGUGCCUCUUAACUUACAAUGCACUUCUGCUCCUCCUUUGGGUAACUGCACGUUGCCCCAUCUCUCCAGGAGUGGUGGUAGCCUGUAGUGCCAGCAGUGGGAAUGCCUGGCAGGGCUGCUGGCAUCCCUGCUGAGUGUGUGUGUGUGUUUUCACAGGUGCAGACGUUCAUCUGACUCUUAAAUGCUUUCUUUGAAUUUCAGCUUGCAAACUGGUUUGCAGCUCUGCUCUGGGAGAAGCCCUGCUGGAGUUAGUGGCAGUACCUGUUGCAGCAGUGUUGCUGAUAAACAGCCUUGUAAUCCUCUGAGUCAUAACAUAUGAAAUGAGAGUGAGCGUUUAUAAAUGCAGGUAUCCAGUUUGGUGUGUCGAGUGUAAAGUGAUGACCUGAGUGCUUUUCUUGCUUCUCACUGUGCCAUUCCAGUUCUAGCUGGGCUGUGGCAGGAGCCCCAGUGGCCGUGUCACUGCUGUGUGUCCUGUCCCUGCAUGCAGAGCAGUGUCACCUCAGCAGGACUGUGCUUUGACACCCUCUGCUCCCACCACAGAGGGCCAUCCUGUUUGGCUGAGCUGUGUCAGCAAUUUGUCUGACUGAAUUUCACUUCAAAUAUUUUUUGUGGUUAUCAAAUGUAGGCUGCCUUGGGAUAUGGCUGUGUGUCAUCUGUAAUUUGCUGUCUGGACAGGAGUAGCUGUGUUGGCAGGCUUGUCCCUGCGUGCAGUCCAUUGGUGUGUGACACAAGGACAGAGCUGGCUGGAGGCUGCCUGUGCUGGGGGAUGUAUGGAGUGUGUGCCCACCCCCCUGCUGAUCACUGUAUCCCAUCCAGGAGGAUUAAAGCAUCAGUGGAAGGGCACAUGCCAUGAAGGGUGUCCAUCCUCAGCCUUGCUGUGAGGUGGGUGGUGAGUCCUUAGCUCAGGUUGUACCCAAACUAAGCUACUUUCACCUGUGAAGUUGUCUAGAAAUUCAGAGCUCCCAGGCUGACGAGGGAAGUAGUGAAGAGUUAGGAUCACACUCGGGCAUUUUGGGAUGGGCUCCUGGCACAUUGCUCGUUAUUCAAGAAAACUGGGAUGUUCAGGCAAGUGGUGGAGUGGUCAGGUGUGCUCCAGAGACAGUCCUGUGGGUGAUGUGGUGGGAGAAGGAGGGAGAAGAGGGUGCUUUUGUGUGGCACAUCUCGCUCCAGCACUGGUCUGCCAGGGAGGUCUGUGUGUGCCUUGUGGUUCUGGGUCCUUACACAGAGGUCACAGAGAUUUCUCCAUGCCCCUUCUGUGUUGAGGGCUAGGUUUGUUCCAGAUGAUUGCUCUUGUAAAUUUUUCACUCCGGUGUUACACAGCAGUGCUGUGAUCAAAGAUGAAAUCAUGCCUUUGCACCGGCUUGCAGUGUCAUCUCUUUCUUUCCCUGAUGAAGUCUUGAUUCAUCUGCACUGGACUUACAUGCUGACCAAAAUAACCUCAUAUUCACUAGUUAAAUUAACACUGAUGGACAUCUCUGCCUUUGAAAUAUUCUGGAUGUGUAAUUUGAGUUAAUUUUAUUAAGACUGCAGAUCUCUUCUGUCAUGAUUACUGGUGAGGUUUCUGGCUGGCUGCAUCAUUUCACUCUCAACUGGGGCAGUGCUUGUGCUGCUGGGUCCCACAGACCUGACCUGCUGGAUGCUGUUUUGCCCAGGCUGUGGAUUUGGGCAGGGCACAGGGAGGUGGGAUGUGCUGCCUUGUUCCGUGGUGAAUGAAACCAACCACAUUCCUUAGGAAUGAGAAGGGCAAGUUAUCUUUUUUGGUUGGGAAUUAACUGUGAAUAUUCAGUCAUUUUGCAGUGUGGGGCUCUGGCUUGGCUAAAUCUUUGUGCUGCCUUUAGCUGGGUGUCUGUAUGUUGAAGUUUGUUAGUAAAGAGGAUGGGACCAGAAGUCUUGGGAACUGUGUGGUCUUUUAAGAUGUAAAAAUAAACAAAGCUGAGAAGCUCUACCCUACUUAAAACAGGCUGACCUAAAUUUUCAGCAAUUCUAGCAGAGAGGCAGGCUCUGGGUAGGGAUAAAGGCUUACUGACAAAUGGCUUCCCUGUCCUUCCAUUGCUUGACAAGGUUGACAGGCCACCUUUGGCACAUCAGCACUGGGCUCUGAGGUCAUUCACUUCCCCCUUCUUGAGCUGCACAGCCUGGCUGUGGAUUUGCCUUGUGCUUGUGUGGACAGUCCCCUUGUUAUGCAAGUCAACAGUUCAGCAUCUCCUGGGAAGUCACAGCAGGAAUCUCUUCUCAAAUUGCUUUUGUUGGAGUGUGUUGACAGCAUGUUAGAUGUCCUCUGGCUUGUCCCUACAGAGAUGGCUUUUGAGAGUAGGUGUCUGGGAAGUCCUUUCCUACUCUUUGUCUGUAGAUUAAUGUUCUUACUAUCAGUUGCAGUUCUCUACUACUGAAUUAUUUAUUCUGCAAUGAGAGUUUUUUUCUUCUUAGUGUUCAUUGACUUUCAUGCUUGAUUUAUUUUUCUGAGCAGUUUGAAACUGGAGCAUGGGAAUGUUGACUAAUAUUAACAGAUCACGUGUGUGACCUCAGAGGUGGCUAAAUAAACUUUUUUAAUUGGGAAAAUGACAUCUGUGUUUCAAAGUAGUCACAGUUUCCCAGGUGAAAGGUUGCUUGUGAACAUGUAUUGCCCUCAGAGGCACAUUGCUUGUUAUUCCAGAAAACUGAGAUGUUCAGGCAACUGGUGGAGUGGUUAGGUGUGCUCCAGAGACAGUCCUGUGGGUAAUGUGAUGGGAGAAGGAGGGAGAAGAGGGUUUGCAGAUUCUCCUGCUAAUGUGACUUUGUAGCUGAAUGCUUUCCUGGCAGAGAGCCUGCCUUUGAUUGGAAAGCAUUCCCCUUGGUGUUCUUGUAGGUACUGAUGGUCUGCCAUGUUUUGUUCUGUGUUUGUGUGUGCUUUUUCCUGCAGGGAGAUAAGAGGAGAGGAAUUGUGUAUCCUUUCAGCAGCCUUCUGUUAAACUUGGAAUACCACAGCUCAAGCACGUGAACAGAUGGAUAAUGGAGACUGGGGAUAUAUGAUGACUGAUCCAGUCACGCUAAAUGUGGGUGGACACAUGUAUACGACCUCCCUCACAACUCUAACGAGAUAUCCUGACUCAAUGCUCGGGGCCAUGUUCAGGGGAGACUUCCCCACUGCCAGGGACUCUCAGGGCAAUUACUUUAUUGACAGAGAUGGACCACUUUUCCGUUAUGUUCUUAACUUUUUAAGGACCUCAGAGCUCACUUUGCCACUGGACUUCAAGGAGUUUGACCUGCUCCGGAAGGAAGCAGACUUCUAUCAGAUUGAACCCUUAAUUCAGUGUCUUAAUGACCCCAAGCCGCUGUAUCCUGUGGAUACCUUUGAGGAGGUGGUGGAGCUGUCCAGCACCCGGAAGCUUUCCAAGUACUCCAACCCGGUGGCUGUGAUCAUCACGCAGCUCACCAUCACGACGAAAGUCCACGCGCUGCUGGAAGGCAUUUCAAACCACUUCACCAAGUGGAAUAAGCACAUGAUGGACACCAGGGACUGCCAGGUGUCCUUCACCUUCGGGCCAUGUGAUUACCACCAGGAAGUGUCGCUGCGAGUGCAUCUCAUGGAGUACAUCACAAAGCAGGGCUUCACGAUCCGCAACACCAGAGUGCAUCACAUGAGCGAGCGUGCCAACGAAAACACAGUGGAACACAACUGGACUUUCUGCAGACUGGCACGGAAAACAGAUGACUGAUUCUGACUCCACAGGAGCCACUUCAGUGAUUAGCAACUUAAUUGGACAGUGAACCCAAGAGAGUCUGGAUUUUGACUAAAGCAACAAUAUGGGCUUUUUUUAUACGACUAUUUAUUGUUUAUCAGUGAGGACUGGAGGAGUUUCAUUCUCUAGCAGCUCUGUUCUUUUGUCCAGUUCAGAAAAAAAACCGUGCAUGUGCCUGUUCAGUCAAGACACCUUUUUGUUUGAAAGAGGGAGUCCGAAGAAUCAGUACAAUAGGGUAUUUUGUGUCAUUAACACAAUCCUCUGACUUGACUCAAAGUGCUAAAAUUACCUCUUGUUUAAAUGGUUUCUAAUCCGUUUAAUGCUAUGACACUGGGAGCAAGAAACAAAAAAAAGAUUUUAAAAUGCAGUUGGGGAGAAGCUGCUAUUGUGUAGACUAAUAUAGUUUCUAAAUCAAUAAACAGUAUUGUAAUAUUCUAGGAAAACAGAUCCCACCCUUUAAAAGUACUUGAUAAGUACAGUUUCUUACAGUUAUGACAACUGUUUCUUUCUAUGCAUAUAAAUCAAGCAACCAAAUAUUAUCUGUAGCCAUGGAAAUAUGAUUACAAAUAUUUAUAUUGGAUUCUAAAUGCAAAAUGUCCCUGUGGUAGAAUUCAUAUUUUUAAUGCCUGGUGCAAUAUUAUUCCCAAGUGUAAUGCCUGCCAGAAGAAGCUAAUAAAAAUGUGAAAUACAGAA